UUUUGCCAUUGUUAAUUGGCUUUACAACGGGUCAGAGCCAGAGGGGAGGACGAGUAAACAGCGGCGAGAGAGAGCGAGUGAGAGGCGGAAGGAGAGAUGUCGGAUCCGGCUACGAAUCCCGCUACGAAUCCCGCUGCCACCUCCUUCCCGGCGCCCACCCUUUCGCUACCACUGGGACUGGAAGUGUUGAGGACUUACUCUGGAGCGCUUGUCCUCUUAGAAAUAUUAUUUGGUGGUUUAGUAUGGAUCCUGGUGGCUUCCUCCAAUGUUCCCGUUCCUUUGCUGCAAGGCUGGGUCAUGUGUGUGUCUGUCAUUGCCUUCUUCCUCUCCUCCGCCUACCUCACCUUACUCAUCACCGGCCUGGCAGACCGCAUCAAUACUGAUUGGAACUUUUUGGAUGUCUUCUACCAUUUCAUAGCUCUGCUUUUCUACUUUUCCGCCUUCGUGCUGGAAGCGGCGGUGACAGCAGCCAACGGGGGAGCCAUCAUCGCACCGCUGCCAAACAGCACCACAGCUGUGAUGUGUAUACACUACCCUAAAGGAAAUGUAUUCACGGUGCUCACUGGUAACCAGUACAGCAUUAAUGUAGUAGCCACGAUAUUUGCGUUUGUGGUGACGCUGUGCUACGGCUGCAGUUUGGUGAUGGGCUUCAAGCGGUGGAGGAUCUAACCUGCAACACCACGACUUCAUCCACAACACUGUAUUGUAUUGUUACAAACUUGUGUCAAAAUUGUGUGUGUCUUUUAGAUUUUUGAAAAUUGAUACUGUAUUUCCACUAGCAAUGACCAACAUUUUUUUAGGUCAUUGAAAGUGUACUGUAAUACACUUUCAAUGAAGGAUUUUACUGACGCUUAGGAAACAGUUUUUUUAAUUCACAUCAACACUGCGGCUUCCUUUUUUUCUGUGUCACAUCCUCAUUGAAGGAAAUAUUUCCCAUCAAACAAAACCACAAAACACCAGCCGUGCUGUUUUUGUGUCAUGCAUAACCGAGAAUAUGGUUGCACAAUUUCAUGAAAAAAACCUUGAACACGCAGUGGUGGAUUGAUGCAAAGGGGAUCGAAAGUAAUUUCACGUGAAACUUUUAUGAAUGAUAAAUAGAGUUCAUUUGGUAUCACUUCUUGUCCCUAACACAACAUCAACUGUUGAUUUAAUCUGAUAAGAUUACUGUGUGAUUCAUGAUUAAUGUGCAGGAUUACACACUAAGUACUCACAUAAGAAAAUGAUGCUUUAAUGGGAUAGCAUACACUGUUAUAGUAUUACGAUAGUUAGGUGACUUUGUUGAUGCUUGAAUACAUUGCCACACAAUAAUACGAUCACUUGUUUGCCAAACUGAUGUUUUAGUAGUUCACUGACACUGUUUAUAAUAGGAUGUUAAAUUAUUAAUCAUUUGAAAUGCAUUUAGGAUGUAUGAUUGAUUGUCAGGUGUGCAUGUGUUAACAUUGUGGUGCCUUUUUAAUGUACAGAAAUAAAUGUUUAAUAAAAGAUGUCAUCUCCAUGAA